GAAAUGAAGGAUCAGGUUGAGGCGGAUGCCAAGGAGGAUGCCGACACUUUCGCCAAGCACAAGUGCUGGUGCGAGACCAACGAGAAGGAGAAGCAGCAGGCGGUGGAACGUGCCAAGGCGCGCAUCGAGGAGCUGGAGUCGGCCAUCGAGGGCGGCACCGCGCUGGCCGCGCGCCUCGGCUCCGAGAUCGAGGGUCUCAAGGAGGAGAUCCAGGAGGACAGGGAUGCCCUCGACAAGGCCGCGGCCAUGCGCGAGGAGGAGCGCGCGGACUUCGAGUCCGAGGAGAAGGACUCGAUGGAGUGCCUGGCUGCUCUCAAGGAGCGCCACGGCGGUGCUCUCCAAGGUCCAGCUCGUCCAGAGAGCGCCCGCCGCGCGGCCCACCGCCGCAGCGGCCGCUCUGGACCGACCCGCUCGCCCUCGCGGAGGUGCGGCGGGCGGUGGAGCGCGUCGGCAGGAGCGCGCGCGGCCUCGAUGCCGCGGCGCCGGGCGCGCGAGACGCGCGGCGCACGGGCGCGUAUCGGGCGGCCAUGCAGAAGGAGACCUCUGGGACGUGCUUGGAGGCCUCCCCGGCGGCCUGCGCUCCCUUGCCGGGCUGGCGCAGGACCUGCAGGGGCAGCCCGCGGGGGCUGCGAUGGGCGCCAAGUCCUACAACGCGAGGAGCGGACAGAUCCUGGGCAUACUGAAGCAGAUGGAGGACACCUUCACGGCCGACUUGCAGGCGGCUCAGAAGUCGGAGGUGGCGGCGGAGAUCUCCUUCCAGCGCCUGAGGGCAGUGAAGAUGGAGGAGAUACAGCGGUGUGCGCCCCGCGGUGGAGGAAGUCCGCGGAGCUCGCCGACACGAACGACAAGGUUGCCCAGGCCAAGGAGGACGUCGUCAGCACGGGCGAGGCGCUCUCCGCAGACGAGAAGUUCCUCGUCGACCUGGAGGCGCAGUGCGAGAGCGCUGGCAAGGAGUUCGACGAGCGUGUUGCCACGCGCGCCGAUGAGGUCAAGGCCAUCGCGGAGGCCAUCACGAUCCUCUCGCAGGACCG